CCCCACCUCCCAUCCCCGCCCAUCCCCAUCAUGCUGCGUUUCCUGCCCCUCAAACUGGGCCGCUUGUACCGCUGUCUGAAGCUCCUGUUGUUGGUGGGGCUGUCCGUCAUCCUGCUGAUGAACACGCACACCCUCUUCGCCUCCUUUCAGAAGAAUGAGCUCACCGACCGGCGAUUCAUCAACCUCAACAAGUGUCCCGCCUGCUUUGGCACCAGCUGGUGCCGCAAGUUCAUGAACGGCCAGGUUUCUUUCGAGACGUGGGGCCGCCUGCGCUUUCUAGAUGUGUUCAACGUCAAGAAUGUUUACUUCGCCCAGUACGGAGAGCCCAGAGAGGGCACCCGGCGCGUGGUGCUCAAGCGGCUGGGCUCCAACCAGGAGCUGGCCGAGAUCGACCAGAAAAUCUGCAAGAGAGCCACGGGCAGGCCGCGCUGCGACCUCGUCCAGGCCAUGUACAAGACUGAGUUCGCCCGGAUCAACGGGGACGUUCGACUGCUCACUCCAGAGGUUGUGGAGGGAUGGUCAGACCUUGUGCACUGCCCCUCACAGCGGCUGCUGGACCGGGUGGUCCGCAGGUAUGCUGAGACCAAGGACUCGGGCAGCUUCCUGCUGAAGAACCUGAAGGACACGGAGAGAAUGCAGCUGCUGAUGACUCUGGCAUUCAACCCAGAACCCCUCGUACUUCAGAGCUUUCCGUCAGACGAAGGGUGGCCGUUCGCCAAGUACCUGGGAGCGUGUGGGCGCGUGGUAGCCGUCAACUACGUGGGCGAGGAGCUGUGGAGCUUCUACAACGCGGCGUGGGAGAAGAGGGUGGACCUGGCGCGGCAGCUGAUGGACAUCGCCGAGCAGCUCACCAACAACGACUUCGACUUCGCCCUCUACCUGCUGGACGUCAGCUUCGACAACUUUGCGGUGGGCCCGCGCGACGGGAAGGUCAUCGUCGUGGACGCGGAGAACGUUCUGGUGGCCGACAAAAGGCUGAUCAAGCAGAACAAGCCCGAGAACUACGACGCGUGGUACGAGAGCCGCUUCGAGGAGUGCGACAGAGAGGCCUGCCUGUCGUUCUCCAAGGACUCGCUGUGCUCCAGGGUCACCGUGGACCACAACUACUACGCGGUGUGCCAGAACCUGCUGUCGCGCUACGCCACCUGGCGGGGCACCACCGGAGGCCUCCUCCACGACCCGCCGGCCCACAUAGCCAAAGACGGACAGCUGGAGGCCCUGUUGGACGAGUGCACCAGACCCAAAAAGCGCUACGGCCGCUUCCAGGCGGCCAAGGAACUGCGCGAGUACCUCACACAGCUAGCUGCUGCCUCCUCCUCAUCCGCCACGGCCAGGUAAUAAAUGGAGUCUGCGUUAGCCCGACGCACCAGGACUGGAUCUGAGAUCCUUUUCCCCGGACUCCUGAGACCGUGGUUCUUGUACAUGAUGUCAUACAUCCUCUUUUGUGCGCUGGAGCGUUAAGGUGUUUGGGUCUUGCAUCGGGAAGUGUAAGAAUCAAACACCAAAGCGGAUUUAUGAAAGCCCUAGCUUUUACCUUGACUUUGCUCCUUUGUUUAAAAAAAAAAGAAAAAACGAAUGAAAAAAAAAAAAGCAAAAAAAGAGUGUGGCUCCUCAAAAUUUCUGCAAGAACCAGAAGAGAGAAGGGAUAGAGUGGUGUGCCAUCUCUGGUAGUGGGGUGGGGGGGAGGAGAGAAAGGGCUCUGGUGAUCCAGAGCGUCCGGCCACAGCAUCACACAGCCCUGACCGCGUCCAUCCACUCAACUGCUUUUAUGGGCUUCUUGACAUUGAACCGGAACGCCCAAUUCAAUUUCCUGCUACGAUCUUGCGUGUUCUGUUCUGCUGGACUGAGCUGGAGUCGGCAGGUACAUGUACAUUGUUUUGCUGUGCAUUUCUUUUCCGUAGCACUGCUGCCUGGAAGCUGAAGGUGGCAUAACUCUCUUGCUGUCUCACCGUAAGGUGGGCUGUUAGGGACUGUGGGUGUAAAGGACAGGCAGGGAGUCAUGGGUUUGGUUUACACAGGGAAAAAUGGAAAACCCCUUAAUGACUGUCUGAGCAUAGUUUCGAAUCAAUCACUCAAUUUCCAGGUUCCAGGGCUGUGGCAAUCAUUAUUUUUUGGGCGUAUUUUUUUCCCCUUUCAUUUCGCUUAUGUAAUAGGAACCACAGAAAAAGUUGCUCAUAGGAAAAAGAAGGCGACAAUUGGAUUUUUGUGAUACAGAUGUGCCUAUACCAAAGAGGCUAUUUGUAAUAGGAACUCUUUAGUUUCACCGAGACCACAUCUUUCCCUCCAGAGGUCGCUCACCAGAGCUGAUAACAACAACACAGAUUAAUAUGAGCCAAUAAGACUGAAAACUGACCCCAAAGAACCCAAACCCAGUAGGAUCUGCAAAAGAAAGCCUUAAAACUUGAUCAAAACCAUUGUAUUUUGGCCCCCUAGUGUCAGUUUCUGUUAAAAAGUUUGGAAUUGAUGAAUGAAUCUCAUUGUCAGAUAGCUCGCUGUGCAGAAUGCAAUAUGCUCCAUAGAGUCAUUGGUUAUAAAAGGGAAUGGAAAAUGGCUUGAUUUACUUUCUUGCUCCAGAAGCGGCUUCUGGCCUGCACUUUUAAAUUCUGCAGCGCAGGAAUUUCUGUUUAAAUAUUUCAAUGCUUCGCACCACUUAGAGGUUGGGAUGAUUCUACACUCAGUGGACCAACAAAUAAAAGGAUAAUCACUAACAUAGGCUCUUUUUAGUUAUGCAUUAUGAGAGAUGUUCCUUAAGUAACUUGAUAAAAAAAAGAGAAAAAUCCCAUCUCUGGCUUCAUAUGUUUUUGUACUGUUUUCGAUGUUGUGAAUCAAACGCUAAAAGCCCAGUGGAGUGUUUUGUAGCGCAGGUAAUAAAAGAAUAAACUAGUAAAUGAGCCACUCCCAUCUACGGGGGAACUGGGAGCACAUUAGUUGCUUUUUUUUUUUCUUUUUCUUUUUUUUCUUUCCUAAGUUUUCUGUGUGACCUGCAGGGCUGAUGUGACCUUUGCCAGCUAGGAAAAGCAAUAAAAACAAGUUUGGCUAAUGAACUUCUGAGUUUUGAACCCACGUCCUUUGUUGUGUCGGAUACAUUUGUUUCCUCCGGACGGAGGACGGUCAGCCUGGAGGGGAUUUGUCCAUGUGUAACUGUCCAAUUUUGUACUGUAAGUUUUCCUUUCGAGUAUUAUAUCAGCGGUGUCUGAUUUUUUCCUGUGCCUUUCAUUCAAAAGUUGUAUUUACAACUUUUAGUGGGAUUAAAUAUUAAAAUAAAUGAAGA